AUGGGGGAUCAGCAGCAAACGAACCAGCAGCAACAGGAAGCCGUGCCAAGCGUGGUGGAGCUGAACGUGGGCGGUGUAUUUUACACCACCGCUCUCACCACCCUCACCCGGGAGAGCGAUUCUCAUUUGGCCGCUUUGUUUUCCGGGAAAACAUCAGUGGAGAAGGAUGCCAAGGGCAAGUACUUCCUGGAUCGUGACGGGGUUCUCUUUCGUUAUGUUCUCGAUUUCCUGCGCAAUCAGGCACUCGUCUUGCCGGAAGGGUUCCGAGAGAAGGAGAGAUUAAAGCAGGAAGCGAAUUUUUACGGUCUACCUGGCUUGGAACGUGCCAUUUUGGAGAACGGCAAGUCUUCCGGUUCCUUGACCUCCGCCGGAAAGAAAGCAUCCGGCCACAUAACCGUCGGCUAUCGCGGCAGCUUCGCGUUCGGUCGCGAAGGCCUGGCCGAUGUAAAGUUUCGCAAGCUGUCGAGGAUCCUCGUAUGCGGUCGCGUGACUCUUUGCAGGGACGUAUUUGGCGAGACAUUGAACGAGAGCCGCGACCCGGACCACGGCUCCACCGACCGUUAUACCUCUAGAUUCUUUUUAAAGCACAGCUCUAUCGAGCAAGCUUUCGACAUGCUUCAAGAGCAAGGUUUCAAGCUGGCUGGUAGCUGCGGUUCCGGCACGGCUGGCAGCAAUUCGGAACAACUGAAGCCCGGAGUGGAUUCCGAAGAGAAUCGUUGGAAUCACUACAACGAGUUUGUCUUUGUCCGCGAGUAA